CCCAGCUUUGCUUUUGCAGGCAAAAUUAGGUAAAACUGUAGUGGGUCAUUUGGAGGAACAGUCUGAUCCAGCGCUGACAUAGCGGGACGUGUCAUACUUUAAUUUUGCUCAGAUCAAACGGGAUCAUGCUGCUUCGUAAAGUGAGCCAGUCUUCCGCCCUGUGCGGCGCCAUUCUCAGGAUUCCUCCCGUCCUGUCCGGAGGUCAGCGUCAUGCAGGAGCUGCUGUCGCUGCUCAAAGUGCUCGUCUCUACGCAUCCCAGGCUGCAGAGGCCGUGCUGGAGAAACCUGCGGCCGUGGGCGCUGAGGCUGCAGCUCAAGUUGAAAAGAAGGCAGUGGUUACUGAAUCCAAGUCUUUCGCUGUCAACCUUUUCAAAGGCCAGAUUCAGACUGCCCAAGUGUUUCCCUACCCCUCAGUCAUGAACGACGAGCAGGAGCAGUUUCUCCGUGAGCUCGUGGGGCCGGUCAACAAGUUUUUCGAGGAGGUGAAUGACGCCGCCAAGAACGAUGCCUUGGAGAAGGUGGAGGAUCACACCAUGGAGGGCCUGAAGGAGAUGGGGGCCUUUGGCCUGCAGGUUCCCGCUGACCUGGGUGGUCUCGGCCUCUCGAACACGCAGUACGCCCGUCUUGUCGAGAUCGUCGGCAGCUAUGAUCUGGGUGUCGGCAUCACUCUGGGUGCCCACCAGUCCAUCGGAUUCAAGGGUAUCCUGCUUUUUGGGAAUCCAGCCCAGAAGGAGAAGUACCUGCCGAAGCUUGCCUCGGGUGAGCAUGUAGCCGCCUUCUGUCUCACUGAACCGGCCAGUGGCUCUGAUGCCGCCUCCAUCCGGUCCGUGGCAGUCCAGUCCGACUGUGGAAAGUACUUCACCCUCAACGGAAGCAAGAUCUGGAUCAGCAAUGGCGGCAUUGCUGAAAUCUUCACCGUGUUCGCCAAGACGCCCAUGAAGGAUCCAAAGACCGGCGAGAUGAAGGACAAGAUCUCUGCCUUCGUCGUGGAGAAGAGCUUUGGAGGAGUGACACACGGUCCACCAGAGAAGAAAAUGGGCAUCAAGGCAUCCAACACAGCCGAGGUCUAUUUUGAUAAUGUUCGCGUGCCGGCUGAUUGCCUGCUGGGCGAGCUGGGCGGAGGUUUCAAGGUGGCCAUGAACAUUCUGAAUAACGGACGCUUCGGCAUGGCGGCGGCGCUCUCCGGCACCAUGAAGGGCGUCAUCGCUAAAGCUGUGGAUCACGCAGUGAACAGAACCCAGUUUGGAAACAAGAUCCACAACUACGGCGCCAUCCAGGAGAAGAUCGCUCGCAUGAUUGUGCUGCAGUAUGUUACUGAGUCAAUGGCUUACAUGAUCAGCGGCAACAUGGACAGCGGAGCAACUGAAUUUCAGAUCGAGGCUGCCAUCAGCAAGAUCUUUGCCUCUGAAGCAGCCUGGGAAGUGACUGAUGAGUGUGUGCAGGUUAUGGGCGGCAUGGGAUACAUGAAGGAUGCCGGAGUGGAGCGAGUGAUGAGGGAUCUGAGAAUCUUCCGUAUCUUCGAGGGCACCAACGAUAUCCUGAGGCUCUUUGUGGCCCUCAAUGGCUUCCAGAGUGCUGGCACCCAGCUGAAGAGCUUACAGAAGGCCCUGAAGAACCCCAUCGGCAACGCUGGGCUGCUCGCUGGAGAACUCACCAAGAGAGCCAAAAGAAAGGCAGGACUGGGGACAGGACUGACCCUGCAGGGGACUGUUCAUCCUGAGCUCGCACACAGCGGAGAACUGACCACAAAAGCCAUCGAGCAGUUCGGAGGAGUCAUCGAGGACCUGCUGAUAAAACAUGGCAAGAAGAUCAUCGAUGAACAGUUUGUACUGAAGAGAGUGGCAGACAGUGCCAUCGACCUCUACGCCAUGAUUACUGUUCUGUCCAGAGCUUCACGCUCUCUGAGUCGGGGCUCUCCCUCAGCUCAGCAUGAGAAGGUUCUGUGUGAGACCUGGUGUGUGGAGGCCUACGACAGGAUCGUGCGAGACCUGAAGGCUCUGCACUCCAGUGAGUCCAAACAGCUGUUCAAGAACCUGCAGGCCAUCUCUUCUGCCGUGGUGCAGAACGGUGGUGUGGUGGCUCCUCACCCUCUGGGAUUCUAAACGCAACACACUCCCCUCAUAUCUCCAUGUCUGUCCGGUUUUUUGUUUCUUUUGUUUUGUUUUUUUACUUUCUGGAUCUCUUAAGCAGGCUCUCGGUCAUGUAUGCCUAGUCCUCUCAGACAAGUUGAUUAUCACCAUCAGUGCUUCAUCACACGUUUUAAUCAGUGAAACUUAACUACAGGCUCUCAGUUGUAUCAUCAACCAGAGGCUCAGUGAAUCCUAGUCUGUAGCGUCGUGCUGAGAUAUUUCAAUUGUAUUUAUUUUCAAUCUCUUUGAACCCUACCAAUAUAUUUAUUCAAACGCAACUCAAGGUUUCAGCACUUUGGGAUGUUGUUCUCAAUUUGAGCUUAAAUGUAUGUGAACAGAAAUGGAUUUAAAAUCGUCAGUGGGUGACAGGACAUGGACUUCUUCCCCACUCUUAUCUGCAUGUAAAACAGCUGAUGACUCAAAUGUGAAGCUUCCAGUCGGCUGUCUCUCAGCCCUCAUGACUGUAGCUGAUCAUCUAUUCAGUCGUUACAUAAUGAUUGUAGUAAGCAGUAAGUGAUGGUAUUUUUGUUUUCUCGGUACGAACUACAACAUUGGAUGCCAGUCAACAAAAGAAUCUGUGAACUCAUCUAUGUAACUUUGUAUUCGAAACAACAGGUGUGAUUUUUUUUCCUUCUGUAAUGUUUUCACUUCUUUACACACUAGUCAAGAUCAAAUGUAUAUACCAGUGUGGUGUUUAUGUUCAUUAAUGCCUUUCUGCAUGUUGAAUAAGCUUACUCCAUGCUCAUCACAGAAACAUUAGUGCCAGGAGCAAUAAACCUCAAGCCUUACAAACCGGUCCACAGAGCUUCAAAACUUCACGAGAGGUUUGAGCUUUUGUUUUUUUAAGACGACUUCAGUCCUGCAAUGCAAAUGUCCGUCACCUCUGUUGAAGGGUAACUCAUUAACUGUAAGUGUUGAAAAUAAACCUGAAACUUCUAAGAAAUCAUCUCUUGUAUAGUAACUAUAAUCCUUUCCAUCAAAGUGUGUUCAAGCAUUUAUCAAACUUAAGUUAGUUCUGCACAUUCUUGCCUUCACGUUAACUUCUAUGGGGACAAACAAUGCUGCUGUUUAAGCCACAGUCCUGUAGAGUACUUACUCAGCAUGCUGCUGGUUAAAUAAGGGAUAAUAUCAUGUGCAUUUGAAAGGAUGUUGUACAGUGUAAGAAUGUGUCUGAAGGUGACAGAUGAUUGUCUCACCGUGUUUUUUUUGUUUUUUGCAGAUCUACUUCAAGUUUUUUUCUGUGUGCAAAAUGCUCUCUAGUUGGGAUUAAUAAACUGAAUUCAUCAAA